UUACCUGACUUUAGAACUUUUUUAUGUUCUAAUUUGUAGUGGACUAAGACUGAAGCGUGACAUAAUGGAGUAUGGAGAAUUUGUGCGUAGUUUUAAUGCUCCUUCCGUUGAUGAGAAAUUUGAACUCCUUGGAAUCUUGGCCAAUGUUUUUAUUGUUGCUCCUGAAAGCCUCUCCAGUUUGUUUGAGGGCACACCUAGCAUUCGGAAAGAUGCACAAAGGUUUAUUCAGCUUAGAGAUGAUUACAAGGGUGCGAAACUUGCAUCCGGGCUCAGCUCUUUAUGGUCAAGGUCUAGUUGAUUUAGAGGUGGGUUGUCUGUUUGUAUUCGUUGUCGGAGAUUUAUCAUCUCAAGCAUAUUCCUCGGUUUUGAGCCACCAUUACCAAGCAAGGGCUGAUCCAAGAUUAAGUUUAUUGCGACGAUAGUGAGCCCAUCGUUCACGAAAAC